AUGUCUUACGACGACUUGGUGAAAUCUUUAGAUAAGCUGGCUAUUUUGCAAAAAUGGCUGGAGGUAACGCCCUUAAAUAGAAUAUCAGGAAUUCCUACCUCUUCAGGAGGACUGUCGACUUCAGAGGAUGUAUUCGACGGGCACGACGAGGAGCAGGUCAGGCUAAUGGAGGAACUAUGUAUUGUUCUUGACUACAACGAUAAACCAGUUGGAGCUGGAACAAAAAAGUUGUGUCAUUUGAUGGAGAACAUUGAUGCAGGCUUAUUACACAGAGCCUUCUCCGUUUUCCUUUUUAACGAGAAGAAUGAGCUUCUCUUGCAACAACGAGCAGACGAGAAGAUCACUUUCCCGAAUAUGUGGACAAAUACCUGUUGCUCACAUCCACUUUGCGUUCCCUCGGAACUCGGGAUACUGCUGCAGAGUGGGAGUGGAAACAAAGAUGACUUGAACACGGCCAUUGCUGGCGCCAAAAUUGCAGCACAAAGAAAACUUUUCCAUGAACUUGGUAUACCAGCACAAGAAUGCCCAAUCUCAAAUUUUGAGUAUUUGACAAGAAUACACUACAAAUCUGCGAGUGGUGUCGGCUCCAAAUGGGGUGAACACGAGAUCGAUUAUAUCUUUAUCAUGAAAUGCUCCUCCAAUGUAACAGUUGAUCCUAAUUAUAAUGAAGUGAAGGAUCACAAGUUUGUGAGUGCAUCUGCACUUCAGGAAAUGUUCAAAGACUCAAGUCUUGUUUUUACGCCGUGGUUCAGGUUAAUCUGCGAGACAUUCCUUUUCGGGUGGUGGGAGAAUCUUUCAAAUCUUUCAAAGUUCCAAGAUGACGAGAUUCACCGUUUAUUAUAG